UCUGCUGUCAUUCACUCAAGUGAGUCAAUGUGUGUGCCUGAAUUGAUUAUGUUGAAUUCACAGCUGCGUGAAGAAAUGCAAAAUAAACAUUAAAUUUUACCUUAAAAUAAUGGGAAUAGAAAGAUUAGCAUAUUACAGGUAUUGUUUAGAUUUUCCUUAAAAGGUUUGCGUAACAAUAAAUUAGUCAAGACAAUGGCGGACUCAAAAAAUAUCAAUGUUUUGGACAAAAAUUUGGAAGAAUGUGAAAUACAAGAAGUACUUAGAAAUGGCACAGACUUACGGGAAUAUGCAUUGCAAAUAGACAAAGGUAUAAAAGAAGCGGAGAAAAAUUCUAUCGCGGAUUAUUUAAAGGAAAGUGAGAAUAUAAGCUCACUCCACAACCAAAUUGAAGAAUGUGAUGGCAUUCUGGCCCGUAUGGAAAGUAUGCUCAUGGUGUUUCAAAAUGAUUUAGGAAGUAUUAGCAAUGAAAUAAUUAGCUUGCAGAAACGCUCUGUGAGUAUGUCUGUCCAAUUAUCUAAUAGACAAGUCUUAAAGGGUCCACUCUCAUCAUUUAUUGAAGACAUGGCUGUUUCAGAAACACUCAUUUUUGGUAUUAAUAAUGUACCUGUAACUGACAAAGAAUUUAUGGUCCAACUUGCAAUCUUAAAUCAAAAAUUAAAUUUUGUCAAAGAACAAGACUUUAAAGAAACCAAAGCCUGUCAUGAUGUUAAAGAUGUUUUAGAAAAGUUAAAAAUAAAAGCUGUAUCAAAAAUAAGGUCAUACAUUUUAGAACAAAUUUAUAAAUUUCGCAAACCAAUGGCGAAUUAUCAAAUCCCACAAAAUGCUAUGCUGAAAUAUAAAUUUUUCUUUGAAUUUGUCCUUGCUAAUGAAAGGAAUGUGGCACAAGAGAUAUGCAAUGAAUAUAUAGAUACUUUAGGCAAAGUAUAUUACUCUUACUUUAAAUCAUAUGCUUCCCGAUUAGAUAAAUUAAAAUAUGAAGAAACACCCACUAAAGAAGAUUUAAUGGGAAUCGAAGAUGGAUCUAAAGGUGGAUUUUUCCAAAAAUCAAAUCUUAAAAACAAAAGUACAAUAUUUACUAUCGGAAACAGGGGCGAUGUUUUAGCACAACAACUUGAAGCUCCAAUUAUAGUCCCACAUGUUCAACAAAAAACGAAGUAUUCCUAUGAAGCAUUGUUCAGAAGUCUUCAGUAUGCUUUAGUAGAUAAUGGCUGUAGAGAAUACUUAUUCACUACUGAAUUCUUUCAUGUAAAAGGCAGCCAUGCACAGGAACUGUUUGAUAGAAUUCUUGGAAAGACAUUAUCAUUACUUGUGAAAAAUGUGGAAAACUAUGUUUUAGAAUGUUAUGAUUCCCUUGCAUUGUUUUUAUGUAUACAACUUAUAAAUAGAUAUAGAUGGAUGUGUCACAAACGAGCUGUAGGUGCACUAGACAGCUACUGGGAUUCAUUACAAAGCACAUUGUGGCCAAGGUUAGAAUAUGUAUUAAAACUCAACAUUCAAAGUGUAAGAGAAUGUGAUCCAGCCAAAUUAUCUAACAAGGAAUUAGGACCUCAUUAUAUAACACGCAGAUACGCGGAGUUCUCAGCUGCAAUGCUUAGCUUAAGUGAACAAUUCCCAUCUGAAGAACUUAGUAAUCUCCUUUUAGUUCUCCAAGAUGAAGUUCAUUGUUUUCUUCUGAAAAUGGCAGCAGAAUUCCCACAGAGGAUACAGCAAUUAAUAUUUUUAAUUAACAACUAUGAUAUGGUACUAAGCAUUCUAAUGGAAAGAACUAGGGAUAACACGAAGGAAGCCGAAACUUUUAGAGAACAAUUGCAAGCAAGAAGUUCUGAAUAUGUUGAAGAAAUACUGAGCCCACAUUUUGGGGGGUUGAUGCAAUUUGUCAAAGAAGGAGAACAGUUGGCUGAAGGGGACAACAAAACUCAACUGGCGGCUAUGGAAAAAAAAUCUUUGUCUUUAGUAGCAUCAUUUAGCACUGGUUGGAAACAGAGUCUUGAAGAAAUUCACAGAGAAGUUCUUGUAUCAUUUCCCAAUUUAGUUACUGGGUCAGGAUUGUUACAAAUGGCCCUAACUAAUUUCGUUCAAUACUAUCAUAAAUUUGUCAAACUAUUAACACCAAAUGCCCGUACACAAUUAGUUAACAUUCAUGUCAUAAUGGUAGAAAUAAAAAAAUAUAAAACUAAUUUCUGAAAGAUUCAUAAAAAUAGAGGAAUACGAAUUUUAUACAUUUCAAAUCAAUUUUACUCGGCAAUAAAAAAGACCAACUUUAUUAAUAACAAAAUUUUGAUUAGUUUCUUAUUGGAUUUAAAAUGUUUCUUUCUGAAUUAACAUGAAGCAGUAAUGAAUACAUUAAUGUAUUUAUUACACGACUUGAAAUUAGUUCAAAAACGACAGAAAGUGCGUUUUUUCUUUAUUUGGAAGAAAAUAUGAAAAUGUUAGUUAUUUCUAUUCACCCUAAAUUGGGGUUUAAAAGAAACUGCAUACAGGAGAAUAGAAAAAUUGAUCAAGUAUGACAUCUUUAAAAUAGCAUAAGCAGAUUUUAUUGUUUUAAAAUUAAAAGUUCCCUAUUUAGAUCAUUAAAACCAAAUCUAUAAUCCUUGUCUAAUUGAAAAUACACAAAAAUACUGCAUGAAAUGAUUAACAUACAUUUUUUUUUCCUUUUGUAUUUAGUAAUCAAUAAAUUUGUAACAUAUUUACCGCCCAUUGUUGCCUCUUUAUCUUGCUUUUAUGUAUAUAUUUUUUUUUGUGUACUUUUACUCUUAAUCUUUAUAUUCAUUUUGUAAUAUUCUUUGAAGGGAACAAUAAAGAGUUUUCAUUCAUUCAUACCUUCACAUUUCAUUAAAUAUUGAGCUCGUUUACAAAACUGUUGCUGAAUUACUAAAGAAAAAUUGAUAAUUUUUUUGUCAAUUUUCAUUUUACCAACUCCAAGAAACUUAGGUAAACUAUUUUAAUUCAUUUAUUUUAUUUACAUUAUUAUGCCAUCUAUAAAAAUAAUAAAUACAGUAAAUUUUAAUAAGAAUCGACACAAAAGCGGCCUUAUUGCUAAGCAAUCUUCUAAACAAUGACAAAAAAAGACAAAGGAUAAUAUAUUAUACACACUUAAAAAAAGUCUAAGCAACACAUAAAUUUCAAUUUUACAAUGUGUUUUCGCAUUAAAUCAUUAGUAUUUUUUUAUUUAUAUAUUUUUUUUUAUAUUAACAAUUGAUUUUUUUUUAUUUAUUUUUUAAUAAUCUUAAUUAACAAUAACUACGAGUAAGUACCGUAUGUACGUAGUAAAAAGUAAGGUGCCUAAUCAACUAAACUUAAACUAAAAUUAAAUAAUUGUACAAAAAUUGCUUAAAAUUAAUACAAAGUAUGGCGAGAUUGACUUCUUCCCGCUUGCAACAUCCCUUUAACUCUGCAUCUCAUCUGCGUUCAAAUGACUUCGCUCCAUGACGUAAAAAAUGUCUCAAAAUCCAAAUAUAUUCAAAACUUUUUCAAAUUAUUGUUUCAAUCAUAAAAUUGAUGCAGAAUACUAAAUUUUAAUAAGCAAAGAAAACGCUAUAAAAUUCAAACAAAUGCAUUAAUUAAUUUUAAAUUUAAUUUGUGAAAAAAAAAUGAUACUCGAUUUUUUUUUACAACCAGCCAGUAUGUCCUCUAGAUCAAAAAAAUUUACAUAGGUAUUAUCUACUUGGUAAGAAAUGAUAGAAUAAUUUAUUAAUAAUUUAAAAUAGUAUGUGUUGCUUAGACUUUUUGAUGUGUGUAUAUACCUGUCCACUGCUGAACAUAGGCCACGCUUAGCAGCCGAAUUGGCAAUCACAGUAGCUUUGAUGAUGUUUUAAAAGGGACGCUGCUACCAUCCUUCGACCAUUAUAUAUACACAAACAAAUAUAUACAUAAAAUACACAUAAAUAACAACAAAUAGCCCUAUUCAAUAUAGGGGAGAAUAGGGCAAUGGCGGUCAGUUAAGGAAUUUUUGCAAUAAAAUCCAAAAUAUAAAUCACAGCUUUAUUAGGAACAUAACAUCGCAAUUCUACAUUAAAUGACUAUUAUAAUGUGAAAUCAAAACAAUAAUCUUUAGAGUUUUCAUCUAAUAAAUAUAAAAAUAAAAAAUAAUAGCUUUGACCACCAUUACCCACAAGUGAGGACAAUAGUGGUUAUGAUGUUAACAAUAAUGAUCAAAUACUUCUAACAUAUGUCACAUAUGUAUCCUGUAGCGGGAUCCCAACCAGUGCAAGCUGAGUGAGCCCAAAGCCCACAAAAAGUGCACCGGUACUAUACCUCGUUCUUUCGGCCGAAUGUUCCAUUAGCCAUAAGCCUUAAAGUCUUGUCUAAUGUCUCUGAAGACCAUGCAACCUUCUGAGUUUUUCUGGGUCGAUUUUUAGGCAUCUAAAACAAAUUGAUUAGAUUUAAUUAGAUUAUGACAGUCAUAAAAAUAUUGCAAUGGUGGUCGGUUGACCACGAUUACCCACAAUGGACUUUAUAGAAAAAAAAAUGUAACACAAACAAAUGCAUAUUUUAAUUUCAAAUUUACAUUACAACAUAAUAAUAAUAAACAGUUUCAAAUAAUAAGACAACGUUUACGUCGAAUAAAAAAUGUUUCACAGCUUACCUUGUUAAUUUGUUGCGACAUAAAAUUAUAUCAAGUUGACGCGAAAACUACAGAAACUUACUUUGUGCGAACGCAGCGUGCAGAAUGACGGCGGGAGGCGAUCCUCGGUCGCGAACAAUGAGGAACGUGACGUAAUACAGUGCACACGUGUAAAUGACCAUUCAUGCAUUAGUUAUGUGCGUAACCACCAUUGCCCACUGACCAUCAUUGCCCUAUCUUUCCCUACCCCGUUUUAUGGUACAAAAAAAAAGAUUAAAAAAUCAGUUGAGAUUUAACAUACAUAUUAAGAACUUUCUAAAAAUUGCUUCAAAAUAGUAUUAUAAAUAAUAUGUCCUUUAUUAUUAUUUAUAUGAAAUAAUGUCUUUUAAUGAUAAACAAAGUCAGUUGUGAACUAUAGAAUAAUUAGAUCAUAUAAGAAAUAAAAAAUUUAGUUAUUAAAUUAUUUCUUCAAUUGGAACUAAAUAAUUCACACUCCAAGCGUUCUUAGUUCGAUGUAUUUAAUUCUAGCAAAAUCGUCACUUAUCACAAGUUUAAUACUAUUGUAUCACAUUCAAUUGUAGAGAAUAUUAUAAAUACUAAAUUAUUAAUUAA